GCUGAUUUCGACUUUUACUGUAUUUAUUUAUUGAAAUAACGUGACCGAAUUGUAAAUUCCUACUUUCGGUUUCGGAUAAUUGAAAAUUUCCACACUAACUGAAACAGUUUGCAGAUGCUUUGUUUCUGGUCUAUCUAACUAUGUCUGACGAAGAAGAAGGUCCAACAGCUGUUGUGGCUAUCGACUUUGGAACUACAUAUUCUGGAUAUGCGUUUUCACUUCAAAAUCAGUUCCAAAAGGACCCCACACAGAUAUUUGCCUACACCAAUUGGAUUCCUUCCUCUGGAGGGCUGAUUUCGCCCAAGACACCGACAUCUCUGCUUCUGAAGCCCAACAAGGAUUUCUACAAGUUUGGCUACGAAGCAGAAGACACUUACGCAGAACUAGCUCUCGAUGGAAAACAUCAUGAAUAUUAUUUCUUCAGGAGAUUCAAGAUGCUUCUCCACAGAAACCCGAACCUAUCUCGAGACACAAAAAUAGCAGAUGAAACUGGAAAAGAGCUCCCCGCUAAAGUUGUUUUUGGACAUGGCAUUACGUAUCUUAAACAUCAUGCUGUUGAUUUGAUUAAACAACAAGGAUACGAAUUAGACGAUUGGGAUAUACGGUGGGUUUUAACCGUACCUGCUAUUUGGACAGCACCAGCUAAACAAUUUAUGAGAGAGGCGGCACAAAAGGCGGACAUAACGAACGACCAACUCCUCAUCGCCCUUGAACCAGAGGCAGCUUCUAUCUUCUGUCGAUAUAUCCCAGACGCGACAGGGCUUGAAAUCUUUAGAUCAGAAUCAAAGUAUAUGGUGAUUGAUCUAGGAGGGGGGACUGCCGACAUCACUGUUCAUCAGGUGGACAAUGAUGGGACAUUGAGAGAGUUGCACCGAGCAACAGGUGGUGCUUGGGGUGGGACAAAGGUAGAUGCGGCUUAUGAACAAUUCUUCAUUGACAUCGUGGGGGAAGAAGUUUGGAUGGAGUUUCGCGCAACUAACGGUGGAGACUACUUCGAUAUAUUCCGAGAGUUUGAGCUGAAGAAACGGACAGUCAAGGCGGAUAUGCAACCACGAAUCGUGGUGAAGGUUCCAAUGUCACUUCGUAAUUUGUACGACAGUAAAAAUACCGAAACAUUCAAUGACGCCGUUAAAAAUCAUGAAAUGUACUACCAGAGAAUUAGCACUAUAUCUGAUAAAUUAAAAAUCGAUUCUGAAUUGGUGAAGGGAUUUUUCAGGGAUCCUUUGGAUAAGCUUAUUGAGCAUUUACAGCAGGUGUUGAUGGUUCCAAAAGUAAGAGGUACAAAGACGUUUCUUUUGGUGGGUGGGUUCGCGGAAUCGCCCAUUGUACAAGACACACUGCGCGGGAAGUUUCCACACAUCAAACUAAUAACUCCUGCCGAUGCCGGGCUAACUGUGUUAAAAGGUGCCGUCAUUUUUGGUCAUAAGCCCCUUUCCAUCGGAUCCCGAAUUUCUCAUUUAACGUUUGGAAUUGCCAUCAGUAAGCCAUUCAUAGACGGCCACCAUCCAUCCGAAAAGAAGCUUUGUACUUCGAGUGGAGUUAUGUGCAGAGACAUUUUCCAUAAAUACAUAGAAAGUGAUGAAUCAGUGGAACAUGGAUGCAUGCACACUGUACCAUUAACAAUGGAUAAAGGGUCGACAAUUAGCCGAGUCCGUGUUUAUUCAUCCACUAAUAGAGAUCCUAUGUUUGUGACUGAUGAAGGAUGUAGGCUGUUAGGGGAGAUGAUCAUCAAUGUGGGCAGUAUUGAAGAUGCCUCUAAUCACGUGUCUGUAGGCCUGAGCUUCGGCAAGACCGAGCUGACAGUGGAAGCAAGAGAGAAGACAUCCGGACAGAUCUUUCGAGCACGAUUUGAUUUUCUGAAUAAUUAAGUAUUCUGAAGACAGUUUAAAUGUAUAUUUUUUCAGGGAGGCGGUCUCUGUGAAAUAUUUUUUUGGUUUUUGGCAUUCAUCAUUUGCAUACACAUUUAUUUUUUUUUCAUUGUUUUGUGAAAAUUAUCAUUAUUAAGCAGACAACCUGUUACAUGUAUAUUCAUGACUUGUGUUGAUAUAAAUGUAUAUAUUGCUACAUGUUUAUUCACAAAGGAAAAGACAUCCAUUACAUUAUAAUGUAUAUUGCUACAAAUAUAUAACAUUUAUGUAGAAUAAAACCGACAAGGUGUCCUCAUAUUUUUUUAAAAAAUAAACCUACUACUAAGACUGCAAUCGAUUUAAAUAAGGGUUUAUAAUCGAUUCAUUACUGAGUUUAACAUGAAUUACGAUUUACAAUAAGUAAAUGGUUUUAAUUUUAAACAAGAGCUUUACAUGUACAUAUUUCUUGAUUUUUUUAAAUUAAAGCUGUAAGCACUAUUAAUUUUCCAAACACUU